AUGAGUUUGGCUAAGAAAAUUUCUUUUGGAAAUUUUUGUCAAUUAUGCAGUAAAAUAAAAUCAGCUGAUCAUGAAAAAAAAAUUAUUAUUCUUCGUAAUUAUAUAAGUAAUUGGAAAAAAAAAGCCAAAGAUAUUGAAAGCGAUGGAUUGAAUUUAGAUGAUAGUUUUUUCCCAAUUUUUAGGUUAUUAAUACCUCAUUUAGACAGAGAAAGGGGGGCUUACGGUAUAAAAGAACGAACGCUUGCAAAAAUUUACAUUUCCAUUUUAUCAUUACCAAAAGAUGGAGAAGAUGCUUUAAAAUUGUUAAAUUGCAAAAAUCCAAAAACUUCAUAUUUUAAUAAUUGUGAUUUUGCCAGUAUUGCAUUUUGUAUAUUACGAAAUCGUUGUGCAGAAGGAGGACAAUUAUCGGUGGAAGAAGUAAACAAACAUUUGGAUAAAAUAUCAACCAGUCAUGCAGCAAAUGAACCCCGAAAUGUUGAUGCUGAACUUAUAUCAUUGCUAAAAUCAACAAAUGCAGAAGAACAAAAAUGGCUAAUUCGAAUUCUCCUCAAAGAUGUUAAAUUGGGACUGAGCGAAAAUGUUAUUUUUAAGUGCUAUCAUCCGGAUGCUAGAGAACUAUACGAUUCCAGUAACAGUUUGAGAAAAAUAUGCGACCUCCUAAAUGAUCCCGAAAUUCGCCUUAAUGAAAUUCAAAUACAGUUGUUUACUCCUUUUAAACCGAUGCUUUCCGAAGAAUGUGAUAUUCAGAAAAUAGAUUAUUAUUUAAAACGCUCUUGUCAUUUUUUUAUUGAAACUAAAUUAGAUGGUGAAAGGUUUCAACUUCACUUCGAAGAAGGAAAUUUUAAAUAUUUUUCCAGGAAUGGAUACGAUUUUACUACAAAUUUUGGAAGUUCCAAACGCGAGGGAAAUUUAAGUCCUCGUAUUUUUAAAAGAAUUCCUCCUCACGUGAAAUCUUUCGUUUUAGAUGGUGAAAUGAUGAGUUGGGACAGAAUAACGCGAUCUUUUAGUUCCAAAGGCAAAAAUUUAGAUGUAAAAAAUUUGAAAGAAGGAAAUCAUUAUCAAUCUUGUUUUUGCGUGUUUGACAUAUUAUUAUACAAUGGUGAAGUAUUAACGAAUAAACCCCUGAUUGCCCGUUUAGAAAUUCUGGAAAAAAUAAUCGAACCGGAAGAAGGAACCAUAAUUAUUUUAAAUAGAAAACAAAUUUCGUCUAAUUCAGAAGUCAUUGAUUCAUUGAAUGAAGCCAUCGAUAAUAGGGAAGAAGGAAUUGUUAUGAAAGAAUCCAUGUCAGUUUACAAACCAAAUGUUCGAAAAAAUGGCGGAUGGUAUAAAAUAAAACCGGAGUACACGGAUGGUUUGGCGGAAACUUUAGAUCUUUUAAUUAUUGGUGGCUAUUACGGAAGAGGUCAUCUUAAAGGAAGCGUUAAUCACUUCUUACUCGGUGCAGCCGUAAAUGUUUCGGACGAUAAUAUUUUAUUUUAUUCUACUGGGCGAGUAGGAUCCGGUUAUUCAAUAAAAGAUCUCGAAGAUCUUUCUCUUAAACUGAAGCCAUAUUGGAAAGAAGCAAAAAACGAUCGCAUGCCAUUAAGUGUAAAGUGGGGCAAGGAAAAACCAGACGUUUGGAUCAAACCUGAUAAAUCAUAUAUUUUAGAAAUUAAAGCUUCGGAAAUCGUAUCCAGUGCUAUUUUCAAAUCAGGGUACGCACUACGGUUUCCCAGGGUUGAAAAAAUAAGGUACGACAAAACAUGGAAAGAGUGUUUAACUUUACAUAAUCUAGAAGAAAUAGCCAAGAUUGCAUCAGGAAAAUUAACGGCUUCCCAUUUUAGCCAAUCAAACAUUCCUAGUUUUUUACCGAAAAAAAAGGCGAAAACGUCUAUUUGGAAUAUCAAUUCUGAAAAUUUCGAUUUUUCCGGCAUUAAAUGCAUUUCAAAACUUCUUCAAGGCAAAGAAAUAUGCGUGUUUAGCGGUUUUAAAAAUAUUAAGAAAUUGGAUUUGGAAAAGAAAGUCGUCGAGUUUGGAGGAAAAUUGGUUAAAAAUCCAGGGAAAAAUACUUUUUGCAUUUUAGCCGAAAGUGAUAAUCACACGAGGAUAAAAAAUAUUAUUAAAUGCGGAUCCUACGACAUACUCUAUUCUUCCUGUUUUUUUUCUUUUUUGAAAAUAGAAAAUGUAAAAAUGCCAAAAUUAAAACCCGAACACUUUUUAGCCAUGUCGAAAGGAACUAAAGAAGAAUUUAGUAAAUCGUACGAUAAGUACGGAGAUCAUUUUACGAAAAAAUCAACUUUUGAUGCCAUUAAACAUUCUCUAAAUGCGGCCAGUCAAGAAGGGAAAAAUAUCGUUCUCACAAGUGAUGAAAUUUACGAAAUGGAUGUAAAUUUAUUCGGAAAAACGAGUCCUUAUAGCAUUUUUAGAAAUCAUGUCGGUUAUUUCGAUCAAUUUAAAAUAGUGUCAGAUUCGAGUAGCAAAUUUUCAAGCGAUUUAGAUUUAUUUAAAAUUGAUUUUCGAUUUUACGGAGGAAAAUGUUCAGAUGCUAUCGACGAUAGUACGGUCACGCAUGUGAUAACUUUAAGUAGCGAUUCGUCUAGAAUAAACGAAAUAAAUAAUGAAAAUCAUAAAAGAAAAAGAAAAUUUCACGUGGUUAAUGAAAAAUGGAUCGAGUCUUGUAUAAAAGAAAACGCAUAA